CAGCUGAACAAAGCGUAGUGCGCUGCUGCUGCUGCUGCUGCUGCUGGUUCAAGAAUCAGGGUCUAAAUCUUCGGAUCUGUCGCUGCACACAGACAUGAGCACACCUGACAGCCAGUUGUUGUAAUCCAGAACAACAGAAAAAAAAACAACCCUCAUGACAGCAGAUAACCUCUAGGGAUUGGAAAUCUACCUGCUGGUUGAACUGUGCUCCAGGUCAGUGUUAAACCACGAUGCAGACUCAGGAAGUCCUGAGACAGCUGCGGAUGCCCGAGCUGGAUGAUCUUCGGCAGUAUAUCCGCAGCUUACCCACCAACGCUCUCAUGGGCAUGGGGGCCUUGGCUGCCAUCACCACAUACUGGUUUGCCACCCAGCCAAAAGCGCUCAAACCACCAUGUGACCUUGAGAUGCAGUCAGUAGAAAUGCCGGGGGGAGAACGUGCAAGGAGGUCAGCACUUAAUGACAGCCACGAGCUGAUGACGCACUUCUACAGCGAUGCACGUACGAUAUACGAGGUGUUCCUCCGAGGGCUCAGAGUAUCAAAUGACGGACCUUGUCUAGGGUCGAGGAAACCCAACCAGCCGUAUGAGUGGCUGUCCUAUAAAGAGGUGGCAGACAGAGCUGAGAACCUCGGUUCUGCUCUCCUCCAAAGAGGACACUCUCCCACAGGAGACAAAUACAUUGGCAUCUUUUCCCAGAACAGACCAGAGUGGACCAUAUCUGAGCUGGCCUGUUACACAUACUCCAUGGUGGCAGUUCCGUUGUACGACACCCUCGGCACAGAGGCCAUCGGCUACGUUAUCGACAAAGCUUCAAUCGCAACCGUGAUCUGUGACGUACCCGAUAAAGCACGGAUGAUUCUGGACUGUGUCGAUGGAAAGGGACGAACGGUGAAGACGAUUGUGCUCGUUGAGGAGUUCGACAGUGACCUGGUGACCCGUGGAAAGGAGAGUGGUAUCGAGAUCCUGAGUUUGAAGGAGUUUGAGGCCUUUGGUGAAGCACACCAUCAAAAACCAGUGCCUCCUGAACCAGAAGACCUGGCACUUGUCUGCUUUACAUCAGGAACCACAGGAAAUCCAAAAGGUGCCAUGCUCACUCACGGGAAUGUCAUCUCCAACACUGCAGCUUUCAUUAAAAUAACAGAGGUACACUGCAUGCUGGACCUCCAUGACAUUCAUGUAUCCUAUCUCCCCCUAGCUCACAUGUUUGAGAGGGUUGUACAGGGUGUCAUUCUCAUUCAUGGGGCUCGAAUCGGGUAUUUCCAAGGAGACAUUCGACUUCUGAUGGAUGAUUUGAAAACGCUGGAGCCGACAGUUUUCCCUGUGGUCCCACGCCUCCUCAACCGCAUGUUUGACAAGGUAUUCAGUCAAGCAAACACACCGUUGAAGAAGUGGCUGCUCGAUUUUGCAUUCAGGAGGAAGGAGGCAGACCUUAAAAGUGGUGUGGUCAGAAAAGAUAGUAUGUGGGACACACUCAUCUUCAAAAAAGUCCAGGCAAGUUUGGGCGGUCGUGUCAGACUCAUGAUCACAGGAGCAGCACCAGUUUCUCCUACCAUCCUGACAUUUCUACGAGCUGCACUGGGCUGUCAGUUUUAUGAAGGCUACGGUCAGACUGAAUGUACAGCUGGCUGCUCCAUGUCAGUGCCCGGGGACUGGUCUGCAGGUCAUGUUGGACCUCCUCUGCCCUGCAAUGCUAUCAAACUGGUGGACGUGGCAGAAAUGAAUUAUUUGGCAGCCAAUGGAGAAGGAGAAAUAUGUGUCAAAGGACCAAAUGUUUUCAAGGGAUACCUAAAGGAUCCGGAGAAAACAGAAGAGGCGAUCGACCAGGACGGGUGGCUGCACACUGGAGACAUCGGGAAAUGGCUUCCUAAUGGUACUCUGAAGAUUACCGACAGAAAGAAGCACAUUUUCAAGCUGGCACAAGGAGAAUACAUCGCCCCUGAGAAAAUCGAAACCGUCUAUAGCCUCAGUGAUCCUGUGGCUCAGAUAUUUGUUCAUGGUGACAGUUUACAGGCUUGCCUGGUGGGGAUCGUGGUACCUGAUCCUGACUUUUUACCACUUUGGCUCAAGAAAAAAGGGAUUGAAGGAUCCUACUCUGAACUGUGCCAAAACCAGGAUGUGAAGAAUGCCAUACUGGAGGACCUUCUGAGGUUGGGAAAAGAAGCCGGACUCAAGUCCUUUGAGCAGGUGAGAGAUAUUGUGUUACAUACCGAAUUGUUUUCCAUCCAGAACGGCCUGCUCACACCCACUUUGAAGGCCAAGAGGGCGGAGCUUCGGAGCCGCUUCAGAGACAUGAUUGAUGAACUUUAUGCCAACAUUAAGAUCUAAACUGGAAAUGAGGGCCGCUGUUUAGAAAGAGACAAUCAUUUAGAGCACACAGCCAGAAGUGAGAAGCAGGGGGUCUCCUGCAAUUAUUCUGCCAGAGGAUAUGGGGGGGGGGGUUUCUUGUAACUAAAUGGAUAAUGAUCCACAUUUGAAGUACGUAUUCCCUGAUUCAUAUAGAAAUUGUGCCACUAUAUUUUUUCCUGCUAGCACUGACUCGUUGAUUCAAAAUCCUGUCAUCUUUAUAACUGGUAUAAAUUAUUCAAGGUAACUGCUAAAAAAAUAAAAAGCCGUGCCUAAACUGCCUUAACUCUGAGUAUGACUGAUUACUACAGUCAGAAAAGUCUAAUGAAACUUUUCAAGCAAGUUUUUAUUCUUGGUUGCUGCAGAGAGAAAAAUCCUAUAAGCCUGCUUUGACAAAUAUGAGUAUUUAUAUACCAGACUAUUUAAUGUUUUGGCCAUGUAUUUAAGUUGAUAUUUAAUGUAAUAAUUGAACCUGUACAUAGUGUAUCUGCUAAAAAAAAGUCUAUUUGUAUGCAGAGUAUUGUGCCCAUUCCCAUGUUUAUAAGUGCUAUUGGCUGAGGGACUGAUCAACCCGUUUGGGUGCACAAUUGAAGUGAUAUCUUUAUGGGAGUCUUGUUGCUUGGCGGACUGUUUGGUGCCUUUUUUUGGGGGUUGUCUGUUUUCUUUGAACACCGCAUGAAGAAUAUUGAAUGUUACUCUUGAAACAGGUCUGACAACUUUAGGGUUUCCCAUUUCAGUGCCACAGUGUUUGCAGGUGAAAGCUGCACAUUGUCAUUUCUGUAACGCACAACACACGUAGUCAGGGUAAAUAUUAUUUGAACAGUGGUGUCAGAGUUAACGUGAAGUUUUCAAGAUUUUCUUUUCCAUUUCACACUAACGUUUCACGCAGGGUCCUCGGAAUAUCUCAAGGGAAAUGGAGCAACAUUUCGGAUGUUUAACAAAGAAACGUUUUUGUUGUUGUAAAUGUUUUGAGUGAAUUCUAAACAUCAGAAACAGCUCAUCAUGUCAAAGCUUCGUUGACAUUUCAAUCCAUACUGGGUUUUUUUAAACACUUAUAUGAAAAGACGAGAACAGUAUCUUUAUUUGUCUACUGUAUCAAAUAAAACGUGUUAAACUAAA